CCGUCGGGCGGGGGCGGGGCGGGGUGCUGCUCCGACUUCGAACAUGGCGCACGCUGGCGGCGGCAGCGGUGGCGGCCCCGCGGGCCGGGGGCUGAGCGGCGCCCGCUGGGGUCGUUCGGGCUCCGCGGGCCACGAGAAGCUGCCGGUGCACGUUGAAGACGCCCUCACCUAUCUGGACCAGGUGAAGAUCCGCUUUGGCAGCGACCCCGCCACCUACAACGGCUUCCUGGAGAUCAUGAAAGAGUUCAAAAGCCAGAGUAUCGAUACUCCUGGAGUCAUCAGACGUGUCUCCCAGCUCUUCCACGAGCACCCUGACCUCAUUGUUGGAUUCAAUGCUUUUCUUCCCCUCGGAUACAGAAUAGACAUUCCCAAGAAUGGCAAGUUAAACAUACAGUCGCCUCUGACAUGCCAGGAGAAUUCGCACAACCACGGGGACUGUGCAGAGGACUUCAAGCAGCAGGUGCCGUAUAAGGAGGACAAACCCCAGGUGCCCCUGGAGUCGGAUUCCGUGGAGUUCAACAACGCCAUCAGCUACGUGAAUAAGAUUAAGACCCGCUUCCUGGACCACCCGGAAAUCUACAGAUCAUUCCUGGAGAUCCUGCACACGUACCAGAAGGAGCAGCUGAACACGAGGGGCCGGCCGUUCCGAGGCAUGUCCGAAGAGGAGGUAUUCACCGAGGUGGCCAACCUCUUCCGGGGCCAGGAGGACCUGCUCUCAGAGUUUGGACAGUUCCUGCCCGAAGCCAAGCGGUCUCUAUUCACAGGAAACGGGCCGUGCGAGAUGCACACCGUGCAGAAGAGUGAGCACGACAAGACUCUGGAGCACAGCAGGAAGCGCUCCCGGCCCUCGCUGCUCCGCCCCGUGUCUGCGCCCGCCAAGAAGAAAAUGAAACUUCGUGGUACCAAAGACCUGUCUAUUGCUGCGGUGGGGAAGUACGGGACUCUGCAGGAAUUUUCUUUCUUUGACAAGGUCCGCCGGGUGCUGAAGAGCCAGGAGGUGUAUGAAAACUUUCUCCGCUGCAUCGCCCUCUUCAACCAGGAGCUGGUGUCUGGCUCCGAGCUCCUGCAGCUUGUCAGCCCAUUUCUGGGGAAAUUUCCAGAACUCUUUGCACAGUUCAAGUCCUUCCUGGGGGUAAAAGAGCUGUCCUUUGCACCACCCAUGAGCGACAGAUCUGGGGACGGGAUAAGCCGGGAAAUUGACUAUGCAUCUUGCAAGCGCAUAGGAUCCAGCUACCGGGCGCUCCCCAAAACCUACCAGCAACCCAAGUGCAGCGGGAGGACGGCCAUCUGCAAGGAGGUACUGAAUGACACCUGGGUCUCCUUCCCCUCCUGGUCUGAGGACUCCACCUUCGUCAGCUCCAAGAAGACGCCCUACGAGGAACAGCUGCACCGCUGUGAGGACGAGCGCUUCGAGUUAGACGUGGUCCUGGAGACCAACCUGGCCACAAUCCGCGUGUUGGAAAGCGUGCAGAAGAAGCUCUCUCGGAUGGCGCCGGAAGACCAGGAGAAGUUCCGGCUGGACGACUCCCUGGGGGGCACGUCGGAGGUGAUCCAGCGCCGCGCCAUCCAUCGCAUCUAUGGCGACAAGGCCCCAGAGAUCAUUGAGAGCCUCAAGAAGAAUCCCGUCACCGCUGUCCCUGUUGUCCUGAAAAGGCUGAAGGCCAAGGAGGAGGAGUGGCGGGAGGCCCAGCAGGGCUUCAACAAGAUCUGGCGGGAGCAGUACGAGAAGGCGUACCUCAAGUCCCUCGACCACCAGGCUGUGAACUUCAAGCAGAACGACACCAAGGCCCUGCGCUCCAAGAGCUUGCUCAACGAGAUCGAGAGCGUCUAUGACGAGCACCAGGAGCAGCACUCGGAGGCCCGUAGUGCCCCCUCCAGCGAGCCGCACCUCAUCUUCGUGUAUGAGGACCGGCAGAUCCUGGAGGACGCGGCAGCGCUCAUCAGCUACUACGUGAAGCGGCAGCCGGCCAUCCAGAAGGAGGACCAGGGCACCAUCCACCAGCUGUUGCACCAGUUCGUGCCCAGCCUCUUCUUCUCCCAGCAGCUGGACCUGGGCGCCUCCGAGGAGUCAGCCGACGAGGACCGGGACAGCUCCCAGGGGCAGAGCACAGACCCCAGCGAACGGAAGAAGCCGGCGCCAGGACCGCACAGCAGCCCCCCGGAGGAGAAGGGGGCCUUCGGGGAUGCCCCGGCCGCCGAGCAGCCGCCCCCGCCACCCCCACCUCCGCACAAGGCCCUGGAUGACGUCUACAGCCUCUUCUUCGCCAACAACAACUGGUACUUCUUCCUGCGCCUGCACCAGACCCUGUGCUCCAGGCUGCUGAAGAUCUACCGCCAGGCGCAGAAGCAGCUCCUGGAGUAUCGGACUGAGAAGGAGCGGGAGAAGCUGCUCUGUGAGGGCCGACGGGAAAAGGGCAGCGACCCCGCCAUGGAGCUGCGGCUGAAGCAGCCCAGUGAAGUGGAGUUGGAGGAGUACUACCCAGCCUUCCUGGACAUGGUACGGAGCCUGCUGGAGGGCAGCAUUGACCCCACGCAGUACGAGGACACCCUGCGUGAGAUGUUCACCAUCCAUGCCUACGUGGGCUUCACCAUGGACAAGCUGGUGCAGAACAUCGCGCGGCAGCUGCACCACCUCGUGAGUGACGACGUCUGCCUGAAGGUGGUGGAGCUCUACCUGAACGAGAAGAAGCGGGGCGCUGCUGGCGGGAACCUGUCUUCCCGCUGCGUCCGCGCCGCCAGGGAGACCAGCUACCAGUGGAAGGCUGAGCGCUGCAUGGCCGAUGAGAACUGCUUCAAGGUGAUGUUCCUGCAGCGCAAAGGGCAGGUGAUCAUGACCAUCGAGCUCCUGGACACUGAGGAGGCCCAGACGGAAGACCCUGUGGAGGUCCAGCACCUGGCUCGGUAUGUGGAGCAGUACGUGGGGACCGAGGGCGUGUCCAGCUCACCCACUGAGGGCUUCCUCCUGAAACCCGUGUUCCUGCAGAGGAACCUCAAGAAGUUCCGCCGCCGAUGGCAGAGCGAGCAGGCGCGGGCCCUGCGCGGCGAGGCCAGGAGCUCCUGGAAGCGGCUGGUGGGCGUGGAGAGCGCCUGCGACGUGGACUGCCGCUUCAAGCUCAGCACCCACAAGAUGGUGUUCAUCGUGAACUCCGAGGACUACAUGUACCGCCGCGGGACCCUCUGUCGGGCCAAGCAGGUGCAGCCCCUGGUCCUGCUCCGCCACCACCAGCACUUUGAGGAGUGGCACAGCCGCUGGCUGGAGGACAACGUGACAGUGGAGGCGGCCAGCCUGGUGCAGGACUGGCUGAUGGGUGAGGAGGACGAGGACAUGGUGCCCUGCAAGACGCUGUGUGAGACGGUGCACGUGCAUGGCCUGCCCGUGACCCGCUACCAUGUGCAGUACAGCCGCCGCCCGGCCUCGCCCUGACCUGCCCUCCUGGGCACUGGGCAGGUGCCUCACAGAGCACAGACGUGGCCUCAGCCUUGGUCACGUGGGGGCCGUUUUCUUAACCGACCUGAGGGGCAUCUCCCAGCGCUGCAGCUGCCGGACGCCACCCCCGUGGCUCCCGGUCUCCUGUGGGCCUGUUGUGUGCCAAACCUGAGCUACCUGCCCCUGAGCCCUGGGGCUCAGCCCCAGCACGGGCAGGUGGACGUGCUGGCCGAGGAACAAGCAAUCACGUUUGUGCCCCUGUCCGCCACACGUGCCAAAUCCCGGGCAGGCGGGUGGCUCCUGCCCCAUGUUCAUACUGUGGCUUGGAACCAAGUCACACGUGGCAGCCCUCCUGAGGCCCACACUUGGGAGGGGGUUCAUGUCCAAGAGACCCUGGCAAAGAAGGAGUUGAGCCUUGGGUAGGCUCGCUUGAAAAGUGAGUUCUUCCCGAAUAUUCUCAGAGCUGCCAGAAUGUCACCUGAGGGUUUGGGCAUCAGCUCUGCCCAGCUGGUAUUCAGGCCCUCGGUCACUUUGGAGGUGAAGAAAGAACCCUUCAGCCAAACCUUUCGGAUCCCACUUUGAAGUCAACACCGGGAUCAAGCAGGCAGCGCCCCAGGAGACCCUGCUCUGGAUAAAAGACACCCAACUCCAGCAGCCGGACUCUGGGCCCAUGAGGGGAGGGACCCCAGCCAGCGUUCACAGUUGGCACCACCCCGCUGUGGGGCAGCGGGCACACGUGUUCCUGCAGUGGGCAUUGUAGGCGUAUGUGUAUACACGCACAGAUAUUUAUUCCUUUCGCUCUUAGUGGUUGUAAUUUCUGCAUCAGCCAAGUCCCGUGGUCCCUGGGGGCGAGAUCAGCCUUUGUGGAAUUCUGAGAGCUGCCCUGACAGCCCCACCCAUCGGCCCACCCUGGGACCCACGAGAUCGCUCCAGGGAUCAUUGUUGUCCUUUAGUGAGGGGCUGAGGUGACUGUCCCAUGGAGGCAUCCAAGGCUUUCUGUGCCAAGAAUCCUAAGUGACUGGGCCUGGGGACCACUUCUCCAGCCCCUCUCCCCGCCCCACAAGAGACCCUGUCCCCGGCCCCUGCACACUAGUGGGCCGCAAAUAACCGCUACCCUCGCCAUCCUGCAGCAGCUGGAGUCAAGGUUCCAGGAAGUGGAGAUGCGUUUCUAGAAGUUCCCUGUGGAACCUGGAGGCUCUAGAUGCCUUUGACUCCAAGCUGGGCGGUUCCAAGGCCAACCCGUCCUGGAAUCCCUGCCUUCCCCGAGCCAGUGUCACGCAGGCACUUUGUACACGCCCUUGUUUUCCAAGAAGGGAAUUUACCAUCAGGAUUCCUGCCCCAGGCCUGCGGCUGUCUCGGGCAGAGCCACGUGGGCCCUGGGUGCAGCUGGAGACCCCGCUGGGCCCCCCUCUCAGUAUCCCUACCCCGCAUGCUUCUAGGGAGCGCCUCUUUUUCCGUUCUUGAGGACUUUCUGUUCUGGGGCUUGUCCUUCCUUUGCAGCUGUUUUGAAUGUAGUUUUCCUUUUCUAUUUAUUUGCACAUUAAAGUUAAAAAUGGAAUACUGACA